AGUCUGAAAUGAUAUAACCACUGAAAGGAAAUUGCGCUAUGGUGAUAGAGAAACUUCCCACUUGGCACACACUGGAUGAAUCGACAUUGUUUCCACGAUAUUUCAACAAAAUUGCAUUGAACCAAUGUGGAAUAGACAUUGAAUUGACGUAUGUGUCCAGUGGGCACUGUAUGGUGAGAAACUUGUUGUGCAGAGACACUCCGACAGAGAGAGAGGCAAAGGAGAGAGUGAGGGAGAGGACAAUGGUUAAAAUGGCUGUUUUGGGACUGCUUGGGUCCCUUUUAUAUCUGCUAACAGGUGUCAGUGGAGAAACUCUCUCUAUGUUCUCCAGAGUGGGAGAUGAUGUCAGUCUGCCGUGUAACAAUGUGGUUUAUCCAAACUGCUCCUCAACUACAUGGAUCUAUAACAGAGAUGGAACUGCUAUUGAACUAGUCGGUCUAGGGAAGGUGAAAAAACAACUCAACAACAUAGCAGACAGACUGAGUUUAGGGUCUAACUGUUCUCUACAUGUUAGUGAUGUCAGAGCUGAGGAUGCUGGACAAUACACCUGUCAACAGUACCUUACAGAGACUGGACUACGACAUGGAGCUGAUGCCCCUGUUCAUCUAUCUGUUCUAACCAGUUCUCCUCCACCAAUCCAGAUCCUCGUCCUCCAUGUGGCUGUAGGAGUGGCUGUCGGAGCAGCUGUGUGUGUUGUUGCUGCUGUCAUCGUAGUACACAGAAGGAGAACGCAUAACCGAAUGUCAGCUGAUGACAAAAUUGAUCUGACUGCAGGAAGCCAUUCUAACCUAUCAACCAAUGAGGACAAGCAUCAACCUGCUGGCAAUAUCACCUAUGCCUCCAUCCUCCACUUCAAUCAAAACCCCCCGCAGAAUGUUGAUGUCCAGGGUGAGGAUGCAGUGACCUAUUCCUCUGUUAAGCCCUCUACUACCAGAGGGAGAGAGACAGAGAACUCUGCUGACCCCAGCUCCCUCUACUCCACUGUCAGCAAACCUCAGGGAGCCAAGACACCUACAACAAUACUUUAUUCCUUGAAGAGAAACCAUGGUAAAAUUGAAUGUUGUCUUAUGUCUCUUGCAGUCUCCUUGUCCACACUACUGACAUAUCUAAAGCCUGAUAGACCAGUAACAAUAAGGUGCUCUCUGCACACCUCUGACGGACCUGGAAUCUGUAAGUCAUUCCUCAAUAGUAAAGUUAAUCUGAGCUGGGUGGAUGAGACUGGUAGGAAGCUACAGGGAGACUCCAGAUACCAGCUCACAGGGCCUCGCUGUGAUAUCACUCUGACUGUGACAUUCCAGAAGGAGGACAACAACAGGAAGUGGAUGUGUCAGUUGACUAAAAUGGAACAAGUGAAGACCUCCGUUGACUUCACCUCCACAUUCUCAGAUAUUAAAGACACGGAUGAUGACGUUGGAGAGGAAAAGGACGGUCUUAAACAGUCGGUGCUGAUCGGGCUGUCAAUGGGGGUGGUGGUGUGUGUGGCUGUGUGUGUGGCCGCAGCUCUGGUUCUUACCUUCAGAAGGAGGGCGUAUUCUGUUUCAGGAAAUCAGAUGCCAAUCAACCCAGGAAAUAUGGUGCAAGCAAACAACAGGGACGUAAGUAAAUGGGUUGUCAACAAAAUAAUUCACUUUGAUUGUUACUGUGAAUAUAGUGUGACUGUGUGUGUGUGUGUGUGUGUGUGUGUG